GUCAGAUAGAUGCACUGGAUAUCAUAAGUGUGAGCUAGUUGUGCAGUUGAGAGCUGCCUCCCUCAUGAAACACACAACAUAACACUCACUCAUUUCAUCGAUCUAACUUCCUCACUUUCUCUUUAGAUUCAUUCAUGGCUUCUUCCUUACCUUCCACUUCACCUUCUGCCGCUACUGUUAAACCUCUAACUAUACCUUCCACCACCAAAUCCCCACGCUUUUCUCAUUCCUCCCUCUCUUUCCCUCUUCUCUCUCCUAAUUCCAACAACACCCUCCGUUUCUUCAACAAGGGAUUAUGCCCCAGGGUUAAGGCCCAGUUAAAUCAGGUUUCCCUUGACGGUUCUUCCAAUGAUGUGCCUCCUGUUAAAGCUAAUUCGGAUGUGGAACCACCGGCCGCGCCUUCGAUUGAACCAUCCUCUUCGGUCCUGGAAAAUGAAGAAUCAAUCUCUCAGUUUUUUAUUCAAGUUGCAAGUCUUGUCAAGCUUGUUGAUUCAAGAGACAUUGUAGAGUUGAAGCUGAAGCAGCUAAACUGUGAAGUAACAAUCAGGAAAAAAGAGGCUUUGCCUCAACCAGAAUAUGCUCCUCCACCUGCAGUAAUGUAUUCACCACAACCGCAAGUGGCGCCCCCUGUUGCACCAUCGUAUACUCAGGCUCCUCCUACUCCUACUCCUUCACCGUCAACUUCUCUCGUUGCUGUCAAGUCAUCUAAGCCAUCCCAUCCGCCUCUUAAAAGCCCCAUGGCGGGGACAUUCUACCGAAGUCCUGCACCGGGUGAACCUCCAUUUGUGAAGGUUGGAGACAAAGUAAACAAGGGCCAAGUAUUGUGCAUCAUUGAGGCAAUGAAAUUGAUGAAUGAAAUAGAAGCUGAUCAGUCAGGAACUAUAGUUGAAAUCAUCGCGGGAGAUGCCCAGCCAAUAAGCGUUGAUUCUCCCCUAUUUGUGAUUGAACCGUAGAGCAGGCAAAGUAUUCGAGUAGGCGGACGACAAUCUGCAGAUCGUGUUAGUUGAAAAGUGUGAGGCUUAUCCGAACCCCUGGUAGAGGAAGUGUAGGAAGAUUUUGUUUUGAAUUGGGAUGAUACACAGUUGAGAAGAAUUACUAGCUUAUAAUGAGUUUGUUUCCACCCCUCUUAUUUUUCACUUCUAGAUGAUUGGACUAAGUUUUGGUUAACUUUUCUUGUUGUUUUCAAUUUUCAGUUAAGUUAAUGUGUAUGAUAUUCAAUCCAAGUCUUCUGUUUUUCGAUUCUAAAAAAAUUUCAUGUUUCUCUUCCCCUCCUACUAUUUUAACUGUAAUAUCCACACAUUCAUGCAGUUAGUUCAUGAAAUGUUCAUGUUGGUUUCUUGUGUUUCUGCUA